AUGGCUGCAUGUUUGUUUCCCGCUAUACUGAAUCUUGCCAGUAAUGCCGUUAUUACCACUAAUGCCACAUGUGGUGAAAUGGGACCAGAAAUGUUUUGUAAACUUGUAGAACAUGUGCCAGGGAGGCCAAUACGCAACCCUCAAUGUAGCAUCUGUGAUGAGAACAGUUCCAAUCCCAAAGAACGGCACCCGAUAACCAAUGCAAUCGAUGGCACUAAUGAUUGGUGGCAAAGUCCCAGUAUUCAGAAUGGCAGAAUAUAUCACUGUGUCACCAUAACACUGGAUUUAAGACAAAUCUUCCAAGUUGCAUACAUAAUAAUUAAAGCAGCAAAUUCCCCACGGCCAGGUAACUGGAUAUUAGAACGUUCUCAGGAUGGUGUUGAGUUCACGCCUUGGCAGUAUUAUGCAAUCAGUGACUACGAGUGCUUGAGUCGAUACAACGUGACACCAAGACUUGGGCCACCAACGUACAGAAGGGAUGAUGAAGUGAUUUGCACGUCAUUUUAUUCAAGACUUGUGCCACUGGAACAUGGAGAGCAGCCAUUCAUCACCUACUGUCUGAUAGUGAAGAGAGUUUGCGCGGUGUUUGGAGGUUUAGUAAAAUUUGAAGAAGGUAGCAGACAAAGGCUUUUCGAUAAAUCUUGCCAAUGCCAUCCUGAAAGCUCUGUUUCAGGCAUUUGUCGCCACGAGACUGGCAUAUGUGAAUGUAAACCAAAUGUGUUUGGAAAAAGAUGCGAUCAGUGCGUGCAUGGAUUCUACGGUUUGACGUCUGGCAUUGGAUGUCUCCCCUGUGAUUGUAACGAGUCAGGCUCCGUUUCAGAUGCUUGUAAUGAUGCCGGGCAGUGCACCUGCGUACCUGGAGUAGCUGGACUCAAGUGUGAUGUUUGUGCCCAUGGAUUUUAUGCAUACCAGGAUGGCGGCUGCACUCCUUGUGACUGUGCACACACCCAGAAUAACUGUGAUCCUGAGUCUGGAGAGUGCAUCUGCCCUCCUCAUACGCAUGGACCCAAGUGUGAAUUCUGUGACACCAACUACUGGGGUCAUGAUCCAGAACUUGGAUGUCUGGAAUGUAACUGCAGCAAAGAUGGGUCCAACAGCCUCCAGUGUGACCUUUCAACUGGCCAGUGCCAUUGCAGAAAGGAAUUUGGUGGACAGAGCUGCAGCGCCUGCCUGUUUGGAUAUAGGAAAUAUCCCGAGUGCGUUUCUUGUGACUGUGAUCCCGAAGGCACGCAGUCUGCAUGGUGUGAUGAUGAACGGAAGGUGUGCAGCUGCGUGGAAGAGACCGGCCAAUGUGCUUGUAAGGACAAUGUGGUUGGAAGUUAUUGCAACGAGUGUAAGGCUGGCACUUUUGCUCUUCAUGCUGAGAAUCCACUGGGCUGUUCCCUCUGUUUCUGUUCUGGAGUAUCCCAGCUUUGUGCCGAAAUGGAAGGCUAUGUCCGCAUACCUGUAAAAUCCUGGUCAAACCCAGAGAAUUCCAAGAUAUGAAUAUAACAUAAAAAUUUAUUGUUGAGCCGUAAAGGUCUAAUGUUUGCGGUUGCAUUAACAGUCAUUCUUUUUAUUUUGUCUGGCAAUGUAAACCAUGUUUUACACUUUUAUCUUCUAUUUAUCUGGCCACAGAUUUUGGCCUACGGUGGAAUGCUGUCAUAUGUCAUUACUUAUUAUGCUCUGGGAGAUUCUGGUUCCUCUGAUUUUGAGCCGAAGAUUUUAAUGAAAGGUGGGAGCGCCAGCAAACUGAUUAUAUCUAUGUACACCCCUGCUCCUGGAAACGCGGUGAGAACGGAGAUUCAAGCCAGCAUGACAGAGAAUAACUGGAGGUAUUUUGAUUCUGAACAGACUGUAACAAGAUCAGAUUUCAUGUAUGUUUUAAACAACAUUGAUUACAUUCUAAUCAAAGCAUCUUAUGGAUAUGGAUUACAACAAAGCAGGAUCUCUAAUAUAUCAAUGGAGAUUGCGGUGGAGGCAUCAGACAUGCAUUCUGGCCGAGAAGCUGCUCAUCUCAUUGAGGUCUGCGAGUGCCCCCCUGGUUAUAGAGGACUUUCAUGUCAGGAGUGUGCACCUGGAUACUAUAGAGAGAAGCUCUCAGAAAUCAGUAUCUUAGGGUUACGUUUCCAAAACCCUCCCUGUGUCCCCUGUCAGUGCAGCAACCACAGCGAGAUCUGUGAUCCAGAUACUGGCAGAUGCAUGGACUGCCAGGAUAAUACAGCUGGUGACCACUGCCAUCUAUGUGCUCCUGGCUACUAUGGGAAAGUAACUGGGUCAAUUGCAGAUUGCUCAUUGUGUGCUUGUCCCAAGGGCAACAGCCAGAGUUUUAGCCCCACAUGCGUCCUAGAAGGUAUUAAUGAUUUCCGUUGUGAUGCCUGUCUACCUGGAUAUGAAGGGCGAUACUGUGAAAGGUGUUCUCUUGGCUACUACGGAAAUCCAAAUGAGCCUGAUGGCUUCUGCCAGAAAUGUGACUGCAACCCAAGCGGCUCAUUGAAUAAUGAAUGUGAUCGGCUAACCGGCCAGUGCAUUUGCAAAACAGGAGUAACUGGCCGUCUUUGUGAUACUUGUGAAUUAAGACACAUUCUUUUGGAAGAAGAAUGUAUAUCUUGUGAUGAUGAUUGCACUGGAACCUUACUUGAUGAUUUGGAUAGUUUGCACCAGGCCAUCUUCUCUUUUAAUAUGACCGGUAUUGGUAGACCACCUCAUCAAACUCUAUUCAACUUGGAAAAUGUGACAAAGCACUUUAAGGAGUCUGUGCCAAUAAGAGUCAGCCCAAUAAUAUCCCUGGACAAGACAAUGGAGCAGCUCAGUUCUUUGUCUAAAGACACCCUCCAACUUGAGCAGCACAUGGAGCAGGUGAUAGGUGAUGGAGAAGCACUGAACAAUGCCACCAUCAGAACUCUGAAUAAGACUCAAGAGUUAAUCGGCUUUAUUGACAAAAUGCAAACGACUAUUCAAGUAUUGGUGGAAGUGGUCGAAAGCCUAAAUGAGACGAGCAUUGAUACACAGCUCUCUGACAAUUUGCAAUUAAAUUAUGAGGAUGAUGUCUCCUUAAUGCUCAGUUCUAUGAGGUCGAAAUAUUUUAAUGAUCAAAGUCAAGAUGCUACCAAAACCCUCAAAGUAUCAGAAGGCUAUCUACACAGAGUUGAGAAAGAAUAUGAGAAGCCACACCAAGAUUUAACAAAGUUAAAAAAUAGUCUUGAAAAUGCCCUCGCACAACGUAACAACAAACUACUGGCAGCGGAGGAUUUGCUGUAUGUGGCAUCUGCAAACACCAACAACACCAACGAUCUGCUGGUCAUUAUACAAAGAAAUCUGGCUGAUUUGAGGACAAAAAAACACGACCUUCAGGAAAAUAAGAACCGUUCUGUGUUGUUGAUUGAGGAAGGUCUUGGGCUGGUGGAUGAUGCAGUUUUGCUUGCAGAGGACACCAUUAAUGCUACAUCUGUUUUGGAGACCCACCAAGAGGAGCUUCUUCUUUGGAAUUCUAAACUGAGACACCAUGUAGAUCGUCUGGUAAUGCAGAUGGCCAAAAGAGACGCACUUGACAUGGUCUAUAAGGCAGAAGAUUAUGCAGCUGAACUACACAAACUUUCUGCUUCUCUAAAUAGUUCUCUUUUAGAUGUAAGGAAUGCCUCUUUGAAUGCCACCAGUGCGAUCCACUCUCACACAGAUAUCAAAAAUAUGAUUGAGCAAUCAGAGGUUCUUGCAGAACAGUGUAACCACACAGUUACAGGAGUCCUGGCAAUGGUAAGGUCUUCAAAGAGCGGCAGUUGCACCAAAAAUUCUAUGAAGUUCAGCACACAACUUCUGAAUGAGGCCAAAAAUUUAAGUCUUAGCACGGAAGGUCUUGUGUCUGAUUUGAACGAUCUGAAAACAAAAGCAGAUACAAUACAAAAACGCACUCAUGCAUUUACACGUCAAAUAAGUGAACAGCUUCUGGCUCUGAGAAAUUUACCAAAUGAUACCAGUGAGAAACUACAAGAUGCUAAAGAGCUUGCCUUGUCUGCCAAUGUCAGUGCAGCUGGCACUUUAAACCAUAUCACGAACUUCAACCAAAAGGUGUUAACUGCGUCCUCUGCGCUGUCCAAAGUCAAUGACACGCUGCGGAAAAUCAACGAGCUUCUAGCGGACUCAUCCAAGACGGCGGUAACAGUGGAAAGCAGAAUUAAAGAAGUGGAAACACAGGCCAACAUUUUAUUGGAUAGACUGAAACCCUUGAAAUUGCUUGAGGAAAACCUAAGCAGAAAUCUAUCUGAAAUUAAAGAGCUUAUUAGUCAGGCCCGUAAACAGGCCGCAUCGAUUAAAGUGGCUGUUUCAGCCGACAGAGAUUGUGUACGCUCUUACCACCCAGAGCUCUAUUCUACACAUUUCAGCACUCUAACUCUUAAUGUUAAGACCGGCGAGCCGGACAACCUGCUUUUCUACCUGGGCAGCAGCACGAAAGCUGACUUCAUGGCGGUAGAAAUGCUGAAAGGCAAGGUUUCCUUCCUUUGGGACCUGGGCGCAGGAUCUGUAAGGCUCGAAGAACCUGAUAUCCAGAUAAACAAUAACAAGUGGCAUAAAAUACACGCAACAAGGUUUGGUAAAUCAGGUUCAUUGACUGUGGAAGAAAUUGGCACUUCUCAGAAGCCCACAGCCAAAAUGUCAUCUUCACCUGGUACAUCAUCCAUACUCCACAUCGAUAACUCAACAUUGAUGUUUGUUGGGGGAAUAGGAGGACAAUUACAGAAAUCAACAGCAGUCAAGACCACAGAUUUUAAAGGUUGCAUGGGCGAGGCGUUCCUUAAUGGGCACUCCAUUGGUUUAUGGAACUAUGUUGAGAAAGAGGGCAAAUGUGGUGGAUGCUAUGGAAGCCCACGAGAAGAAGAAACUGCUUUCCAUUUUGACGGCAGUGGAUAUUCUAUUGUAGAGAAGACGCUUCGUUCCACUUCAUCUCAGAUAGUUAUCCAUUUCCGAACAUUCGCUCCAAAUGGCCUUCUUUUGUAUCUUGCUUCCAAUGGAACACGAGAUUAUUUAUCUAUGGAAAUGGUGGACGGUAAACUGAGAGUAUCUGUCGAAUUGGGAUCAGGACCUCUGAUACUGAUGACAGAUGGACGCUAUAAUGAUGGAGCAUGGCAUAAAGUAGCCUUCCAGCGCAACAGGAAGCAAGGUAUACUGGCUGUGAUGGAUUCCUACAACUCAACCCAGAGAGAAACCAAGCAAGGAGAAGCUCCAGGCGUUGCUUCAGACCUUAACCGGUCAGAUAAGGAUCCUAUUUAUAUUGGUGGACUUCCCAGAUCCAGGAGUGUUAGAAAACAGCUUAGCAGCAGGUCCUAUGUGGGCUGUAUAAAGAACUUGGAGAUUUCCCGCUCAAAUUUUGACUUGCUAAGAAAUGCCUAUGGUGUAAGAAAAGGCUGUAAACUGGAGCCAACUCGUAGCAUUACCGUUUUAAAAGAUGGCUACGUGGAAAUGCAGCCAGUAUCAUUGGCAGCAGAAUCAGAGCUAAUGGUAUCGUUCUCCACACUCAAUGAAUCUGGAAUUAUCGUGGCUGGAUUUGGCAAGGGAGCGGAAAAACUCAGUCACAGGCAAGCUCUCUUGCCAUUCUUUGCUAUAAUGCUGGUGAAUGGACAUAUUGAAUUCCAUAUCAACCCUGUGGAUGGUGCCAGCACAAGAAAGGUCAUCAUCAAAUCUCCUACUGGAACCUUUAGUGAUGGACAAGAACACUCUAUUAUUGUCAUCCGGAACAAGAGACUUGUGAAUGUACAAGUGGAUGAAGGAAAACCUUCCGAGGUGAAGAUGAACGGACCAUCUGUCGAUUCCAUCUCUAUAAAUGCUUCCAAUUUUUAUGUCGGUGGCGUCCCUGGUAAAAUGGGUACAGCCCCCCUCAAAACAAGACAGUCUUUCUACGGAUGUAUACGCAAUCUGGUUGUAAAUAUGGAGCAGAUGGAUUUCACCAAUGUCCUGAAAUAUGAGGGGGUUCAUAUGGAUAGCUGCAUGCUGUCAGAGAAGCCUAAAUCCAUUGCCCAGCUGGAAGUGGAAGUUCUGCCGACUGCAACGCCUGCUCAGCCUGUCACAGAGAGAAAAUUAACUACCCCCAUACAGAAAUCAUUUGUAACUAAGCCAUUGCAGUGUGCACUGGAGAUGAAGCCGGACCAUGUGCCAGAUGCUCACCAGUUUGGCCUCACUCAGGGAAGCCACAUUGUACUGCCUUUUGACCAAUCAGCUGUCAGAAGAAAACUCUCUGUACAGAUAACUCUCAGGACAUAUGCCACCAGUGGUCUUAUUUACUAUAUGGCUCACCAGAACCAGAUGGAUUAUGCUGCACUUCAACUUCAUGAAGGGAAACUUUAUUUCUUAUUUGAUAUGGGAAAAGGACGGACUCAGGCUUUCCAUACGGCUGUUAUUAAUGAUGGAAAGUGGCACACAGUAAUAACAGAAUAUUAUAAAAGAAAAGGUACGAUUACUAUUGAUGGUCAGGAAUCAGCAUCAGUUAGUGCUCCAGGGGACAGCAAUACUUUGGAUGUGGAAGGGAAGCUUUAUCUUGGUGGGCUUCCACUAGACUAUACAGCGAAGAGCAUUGGGAAUAUCACACACAGUGUCCCAGCAUGCAUUGGCAAAGUUGCCAUUAAUAACAAACAACUGGAUAAGGAGAGCGCUAUCUCCAUACACGCAGUAAAUAAGUGCUACGCAUCCGUCCAAGAGGGAACUUACUUUGAUGGAACUGGAUUUGCUGCCCUUGUUAAAGAGGGGUACAAAGUCCGCUCAGACGUAAACGUGUCUCUCGAGUUCCGCACUACACAGAUGAACGGUGUUCUUCUUGGAAUUAGCAGCGCAAAAGUUGAUGCCAUUGGCCUGGAAAUCAUACAUGGCAAGGUUUUGUUCCAUGUUAAUAAUGGUGCCGGCAGAAUAACAGCAGUCUACAAGCCAGAGAGCCCCAGCUCUUUAUGUGAUGGCAAGUGGCAUAAGCUUCAGGCCAGUAAAAUUAAACAUCGCAUUGUCCUUACGGUGGAUGGAAAUGUUGUGAAUGCAGAGAGCCCACAUGUCCAGUCAACCUCUGCAGACACUAACAAUCCGAUUUAUGUUGGAGGCUAUCCGGCUGAUGUGAAGCAAAACUGCUUGACCAGCCAGACCUCAUUCCACGGAUGCAUACGCAACAUGAAACUGGUGAAGGGCACGCAGACCGAAGCCAGUGAUUUCAGCAAAGCCUUUGAAAUGCGCGGAGUCUUUCCUCAUUCCUGUCCUGGAACAGAACAAUAA